UGUCCAAGGGUUACGGCUCUACUUAAACCCCCUCCCUCCCUUGAGAACAUUCACUUCCUAAUUUCGUACCUUUUUAUUUCUUAAAUACAAGAUUAACUCCCACGUACUCUCCUACCCUUCUUUCUCUCUAUUCCUCUGUCUUCCUCCUGGUGAAAUUAAUAUUAAGAUCAUCAAAUUAAUUGACGAUGGGUUCUCAAGCAAUGGUGUCUAAGGAACUAUCACAAAUCAUCAAAGGCAAGCGUGCCAAGCGACAAAGGCCAUCUUCGCCACUAACGUUAGCCAUAACUUGUAGCUCAGCUAGCGUCGGGGAAAACGGAGGUGAACGUGGUCAAAGAAUCUACAACAACUCAUCAUCGUCUGAUCCUACCACCUCAGUUAAAUUCACGGGAAGGACAGACGAGGAAGAAGACAUGGCCAAUUGUUUGAUUCUUUUGGCUCAAGGCAAUCGCCAAAACUUCAAAUUAUCUAAGCCCGUGACUACUGCAGCAACAACUAUUACGUUUACCAACAAGGACGCAGGUUUAUAUGCUUAUGAGUGCAAGAUCUGCAACAGGCGUUUCCCUUCAUUUCAAGCGCUUGGUGGACAUAGAGCGAGUCACAAGAAAUCAAGACAGGGUAAUAUUAGUGAAGACAAGAAAGCGUUGGCAGUGACAGUACGGAUGGGUGAUCAAGAGGAAAAUGGAAAUGAUAAUGAUAUGAGCACCGCCCUUUCAUUGCAAAUAGUAAAUGAUGGGGUUCUAUGUAGUAACAAUGUUAAAUCUAAUAAGGUCCAUGAGUGCUCCAUAUGCGGUGAUGAGUUUUCGUCUGGUCAGGCUUUAGGUGGUCAUAUGAGACGGCACAGGGCGUUCGCUCCCACCACAACCGCAACCGCAACAACGUUAACAUCUAGAAGUUUGGAAAGAAGUAAGCCUGAUCAUGAGUCCGAAGAAUCCAAGAAACCAAGAGAUAUCCAACUACUGGAUCUUAAUCUUCCAGCAGCAGAAGAUGAUCUCCGAGAAUCAAAGUUUCACUUUGCGUCCAAGGAACAAGUUCUUGUCUUCACAGCUUCUUCCUUGGUUGAUUGCCAUUACUAAUCACAAUAAAAACAAGCUACUGUUGUUUUAUCGUUUGGGAUGAUUUUCACCCCAAAUUUAAUGGACGAACUUCUUAACUUCAGUUUUACUAUUGUAAUUCAUAUUUGUUCAAUGUUUCAUUCUUUGAAAUGUUUUUCAUUUUGAUCGCAAUUCUUGAAUUAAGUUGGAUUA